CUAUGGCUUGGUUUUGGACAAUAUUAAUCUCUCUAAUAAUCAUACUCCUUUGGUCCCUACACUUCAAGCUACUACCCAAAAUGAAGCAGCAUAAAAAAAAUCCUCCAAGUCCCAAAGCCCUUCCACUCCUAGGCCACCUUCACUUGCUGGGCCCAAAACCCCACCAAGACAUUCACCGCCUGGCCCAAAAACACGGGCCCAUCAUGCUCCUCCGCUUUGGGCUCCGGCCCACCUUCGUCGUCUCAUCUCCCUCCUACGCUGAGCUGGCUCUCAAAACCCACGGCCACGUGUUCGUGAACAAGGCCACUCAACAAGGCUUCUACUACAUCAGCUACGGCCAGCGGGACAUCGCUUUCGGGCCUUACGGGCCCUACUGGCGAAGCAUGCGAAAGCUGGUCACGGUCAACCUGGUCAACGCGUCCAAGAUUGUUCAGUUUCGGGCCAUGAGACGGGCCGAGCUUUGGAACAUGGUGGGCUCCAUUCGUUGGGCCGGGCUGAAGCUUGAGCCCGUGGACUUGAGCGCGAUGGUCUCGGGCCUCAUUGGGGACAUGACUUGCCUAAUGGUUUUCGGGAGGAAGUAUGAUGAUGGGGAUUUGGACGAGAAAUUAGGGUUUAAGGGUUUGAAGAGAGAGGCGUUGCGUUUGAUGGCGGUUCCGAAUUUCGGAGAUUUUUUCCCGUUUUUGAGGAAGCUCGAUCUUCAGGGUUUGGACCGGAGGAUGAAGGAGCUCGUCAAGACUUUCGAUGGGUUUUUGGAGAGGAUUAUCGACGAGCAUCGUGAGGUGAAUAGUAGUAGUGAGCAUUGUAGUGAUGAGGGAGAGGAAAAUUAUAAGGAGAGGAGUGGGGAUUUUGUGGAUACUAUGAUGGGUAUUUUGGAGUCCGGUGAGGCCGGGUUCGAAUUCAACAGGCGCCAUGUCAAGGCCGUGCUCUUGAACAUGCUAUUUGGAGCAACCGACUCGUCAUCAUCAGCAAUCGAGUCCGCACUCUCAGAACUCAUCAAACACCCAUACUUCAUGACCAAACUCCAAAACGAGCUUCAACAAGUCGUGGGAAUGGACAAACGAGUCGAAGAACCACACCUCAACGAACUCCCUUACUUAGACUCGGUCGUGAAAGAAACUUUUCGGCUCCACCCGCCUUCCCCACUAUUGAUUCACGAAUCCGUAGAAAAUUGUACGCUCGAUGGUUAUUACGUGGCCAAAGGGUCGAGGCUAAUCAUUAACACAAAGUCCAUUGGUCGGGACCCGAGCACAUGGGAAGAAGCCGAGGUUUUCAAUCCUGAGAGGUUUGUCGGAAGGAAUGUGGAUGUGUGGGGACAAGAUUUCGAGCUCUUGCCGUUUGGCUCGGGCAGGAGGGGCUGCCCGGCCAUGCAGUUGGGCUUAACCGUGGUUAAGUUGGUGGUGGCGCAGUUGGUGCAUUGCUUCGAUUGGGAGCUGCCCGAUGGUUUGCUGCCCAGUGAUUUGGAUAUGGAAGAACACUUUGGUUUGGUGGUGAGUAGAGAAAGGCAUCUAAAGGCCAUUCCAAAGUAUAGACUGCUUAUUGAUUGAUGUAUUGUCACUAUAUAUAUGUGUGUUUGGCUGCCUUGGUUUGUCAUGUGAUUAUGUAUAUAGCAAGGAAAGGACGAAUAAAACUUUAUCUAGUAGAAUAAAGAACCGGUUCGGAUUGGUUCGGGCAGGUUAAUUUUCUUUUAUGUUUCUUUAAAAGUUUUUUCUUUUUUUG